UUAAGAUGUCUUCUGAAAGAGGUUUAUCAACUAGUAGAGGCGUUGUUACGUUCUCUAUGUGUGAUUUGUUGAAGGAAAUUAAAAUUCGGCCGGUUUUAUGGGAUAAAGAUCAUGUUAAUCGGAUGAAUCGUUUUAUGGACUGGCAUGAUGUCGUUCGCACUUUGGUGCCUUACUUUGAUGAGCUAACUAUUGAGGAACAAAAUGAACAUACUUCGCAAGUGUUAGCACUUUGGAAACGUACCACAAAUGUCUUAAUGAAAAGUUUAAAAAUAAAAAAUAGUGGCGAUCCAAAAUAUCGGCCAUACCGAUAUGCCCAUCACAUGGAAUUCUAUCUUAAUAAUCGGGGCGUAACACUUGAUGAAUUAGGCACUCCAGAAGAAUUCGAAGAAAAUGAGGAAAUGGAAAGAAGACGUUGCGAAAAAAGUAAUAAAUUAAAGGCUAAAAACAUAAAAGUUUCUAAAUUAAUAAAGCCGACUUCUAAUGUGGAAGAAAACUUUGAAAGACAAGAUUAUGGAAAUCAUAGUAAAAAUAUUCUACCCGAUGACAGCAGCUAUGAUCCUAUAUUAUUUUGUGAAACAACAACACAAGAUGGUUUUAAUACGACUCAACCUGUCUAUGAAUUUGGUGAUAGUAAUUCCAACAACUUUGAGUGCUAUAACGAAGAAGAAGAUCCUGAUCAGGAUUUUUUCGAUUCAAUUAAACCUAUACUAAACAAAUUGAAUGGGGCCCAAAUGUUGGAUUUUAAAAUAGAAUUUUUGGAAUGUUUGAAAAAAUAUCAAUCACAAAAUUAUUAAAAUAAAAUUAGAAGUUUUUUAAAAAAAUAAAUCGCUCUAUCGAAAACAAUAA